AUGGCGACAUCGAUGCACCUGUCACAUCUCCGAAAAUGGGUCGCCGCGUCUCCGCCUGUCGAGUUCAUUAUCUCUCGUCUCCGGGAAUUGUUGAUUGGGGCUCUUAGGCAAGGCCCCAUACCGCAGCAUGUCGCGUUCGUUAUGGAUGGGAACAGACGUUUUGCACGGAGUCAUGGCAUAGAGACCGUCGAAGGACACAAUUUGGGAUUCGAGGCAUUGGCAAGGAUACUAGAGGUUUGCUAUAAGAGCGGCGUGAAGGUGGUGACCAUCUACGCAUUCAGCAUCGAGAAUUUCCAUCGGUCGAAGUUUGAGGUGGACGCUCUUAUGGAUAUGGCUAAGGUGAAACUGUCUCAAUUGGCGCAGCAUGGGGACCUGCUAGAUCGCUACGGUGCUAGUGUGCGCGUCCUGGGUCGAAAAGAACUGCUCAAGCCCGAUGUGGCCGCGGCGGUGGAUCGUGCUGUUGAACUGACAAGCCGGAACGGCGACCGGAUUUUGAAUAUUUGCUGCCCUUACACGUCGAGAGAUGAGAUUACUACGGCAAUUCGGAAUACGGUAAUCGACUACAGCAAGCCGCUGGGGACCUCGCGGUCCAACAACGUUCGGAACCCAUUCUCAGAGUCACAUAUCGCAUCCAACAUUCGGGCCCAGUCCCUUAAUACCAAGGUUGAGGAGCAGAACAGCGAUUCCGAGUCUGCCUCGGAUUCAUCAUCACCAGAUGAGGAAGGUGUGCCACGCGACCGUCCUGAGAACACCGUGUACGAGUCACCAUCAUCCUUCUCUUCGUCUACCACACUCCAUCUGGCUGGUCAGCAGGAGGAGACGUCUGUCAAGGAUUCACCGCUAGUAAAGCCGGCUGAUCACGAGAAUCCCGUAUUUCUGUCGCCGGAGACAAUUACCCCCCAGACCCUCACCGAUCACAUGUUCACCCAUGAUAACCCACCUCUGGACCUUCUUAUCCGAACCUCUGGUGUGGAGCGCCUGAGCGACUUUAUGCUUUGGCAGUGCCAUGAGAAUACGGAAAUUGUAUUCUUGGAUGUUCUCUGGCCCGAAUUCGACCUGUGGCACUUCCUGCCUGUGGUAUGGAGAUGGCAAAGAAGAGUCACCAAGUCGAAGAAGAAGAACCUUGGAAUGGAGGGAGAGACCGAUAGUGACUCAGAUGAGUGGAACGCGGACGACAUCAAUGUGUCUGCACUUCGAGCCAGCGCUGCAGCGAAGGGUGCAUAG